AGUCUCUGAUAUAAUAGUUACCUGGAUACGGAUAGGCCGCAGUGUGUCGUUCAUCCACAUGAUUUACACUGAGCUGGUGGUUUUGUCCUCACCGUGCGCCUUCACUAGUCACUGCCUGAUGUUUACUUCUUUGGCGCGUCUUUGUUCGCUAACGUGAAAUGAUGCUGUGGCUUUUGGAGACUAAUUUUCAGAUCAUCUGCAGUGUUAGCUUGACUGCUGUCUCGGUGCCAGCGCGAAAUAAGCUCUAGCUUUAGCCUUUUAGCUGAAAGAAGCGUGCUCUCAUUUGGUUCACUGUACUCUGGCUCCUUCAUGAUGGCGAUGUUUCGAAGCAUUGUUUCCGCCAGCAGCCAGCUCCGCCGCCCGCAGCAGCCUCAACCGGGACCUGGACCUGGACCCGGGCCUGGACUCGGCCCGGCUCCGUGCUCUGGGUCAGUGGUUCCUGUAGAGAACAUUGAGAGUCAGUUCUCGUGUCCGAUCUGCUUGGAAGUGUACCACAAACCUGUCAGCAUCGCCAACUGCGCUCACACUUUCUGUGCUGAAUGCCUCCAGCCCUGCCUCCAGGUGACCUCUCCCCUCUGUCCGCUCUGUCGCGUCCCCUUUGACCCCAAGAAGGUUGAGCGUUCUUCUGUUGUGGAGAAACAACUGUCCUCCUUCAAAGCUCCGUGUCGUGGUUGCCGUAAGAAGGUGGCUUUGGUCAAGAUGAAGUCCCAUAUUGCAUCGUGUUCUAAAGUUCAAGAACAGAUUGCUAACUGCCCCAAGUUUGUUCCUGUUCUUCCCACUUCACAACCCAUACCAAGCAAUAUUCCGAACCGUUCUACAUUUGUGUGUCCAUUCUGUGGAACCAGGAACUUGGACCAGCAAGAGUUGGUCAAGCACUGUAUGGAGAACCAUCGAAAUGACCCUAACAAAGUGGUAUGUCCUGUGUGCUCUGCGAUGCCAUGGGGAGAUCCCACUUACAAAAGCUCAAACUUUCUUCAGCAUCUGCUUCACAGGCACAAGUUCUCCUAUGACACCUUUGUUGACUAUAGCAUUGAUGAAGAGUCAGCUCUGCAGGCAGCUUUGGCCUUGUCCCUGGCUGAAAACUGAUAUUGUUUUCAUCAGUCUGUCAUUACAGAGCUGAGGUUGUGGACUCGCCGGACGUUUCCAAAGUUGUGUCAUGUUGGAUUCAUCAUCAGUUGGCCUCUUCACUGCCCAAAGCUUUAGGUCACAGUACUGAUCGCCUGAAGUCUCUCACAGCAUGCAAAAUGACCCAUCAGCUCACAAUCCUAGGAUAACUCAUCUGUUUUGGAUUAGUCAAAAGCCAUUUGACAAACUAUAAUUAUAUAAUAGUAAGAGUUAUUCCUCCAAGCAACUCUUUGAAAGAUGUGUAAACAACAGUGAAUAUGCAAUAUAAACAAUGGUAACUUUCAAAGUGGUUACUUUGGCAAUACAAGCUACACUAAGAGUAGCAUGUCAGUGGUGUUCAUAGUUUGAAAUAUUUGUUUGACUGUUCUGGCCCAAGUGAAGCAGGAGGACUGACCUCACCAUAAUCAUUAUCACUGAAUGCAAAUAAUUUCGUCAGACUACGUGAACGCAAUAACAUUCAUUGCCACAUUGCUCUUCACUUAACCCACUUUUUAUCCUUGUGAAUAUUUGCACUUUUUAUAUUAGACUGACAUCAUUGUGACAAAUCUUGAGUGUUGAAAGUGAGUGUCCACCUUUCACGUAUCUCAGUAUUUUUAUGAUACAUCCGUCAAAUAAAAUGGAUACAAGAUA